AUGAAGAAACAAUACGAUGUUGCAGUCGUCGGAGGAGGGUUCGCUGGGACUGUUGCUGCCCGCGACCUUAGCAAGGAGGGGAUUUCUGUCGUUCUGCUUGAGGGUCGAAACAGAAUCGGUGGAAGAACUUACACUGGCGAAGCAUUCGGCACUCAACUCGACCUAGGUGGCACCUAUGUGCACUGGACUCAGCCCAAUGUUUGGCACGAAUUGCAGCGGCACAAUCUUACUAGGCUGGUACCACCACUGGAUCAAGGGGAGAAAGUGUUCUGGCUGGCUGAGGACAAAGUGCACUCUGGGACACAGGCGGAUUUCCUGAGUGCCGUUGGUCCAGCGAUGGCACGACUCGUUGGGGAUGCUCGGGCGCGUUUUCCGAUGCCGUUUGACAUCCAUGCCGUACCCAAUAGUGAAAUUCGAACGGAGACUAUUGAGGAUCGCAUGAAUUCGCUGAACCUCACAAGCUACGAACGGGAUGUUUUGGAAGGUGCAUUGGCAGGUGUGUGCCACUCAUUCAGCAAACACGGCAUGGAGCAACUUCUCUGGACUGUGGCAGCGUACUUCGGAGAGUACAUGGCCUUCUUUGAAACUGCUGGUACAUUUGCUAUUCAGGGCGGCACCAAGGCUUUGGUGGACGCCAUUAUGGCUGAGUCUUCAGCCGACGUGCUCUUGUCCACACCUGUCAGUGCCAUUGCCGAUGAUGGCUCGCAGGUCACCGUGACGACCCGAGGGGGUCAACAGAUUUCUGCCAGGUCAGUGGUCGUUGCGGUACCAAUAAACACGAUAGCCGACAUCAAAAUCACGCCAGAGGUCCCCGCGCCAGUCCGGACUAUGAUCGAGCAAAGGAAUCCAACCCUGGCUAACAAGCUGUGGGUACGUGUAAAGGGUGAAAUUGAACCAUUUGGCAUUUUUGCCCCGAUCGGCAAAAAUCCAAUCAAUGCAGCCAGAACUGAGGUCCGUCAUGAAGGUGACACGUUGAUAAUGUGUAUCUGCUCCGAUGCAGCGGCAAUUGACUACAAUGAUUUAGAUGCAGUACAAGCCGCACUACGAGUAUUCGUGCCAGAUAUCGAGGUGGUUGGCACCGCAUGCCAUGAUUGGGUCGCCGACGAGUUCUCUCAGGGAGGUUGGAUGAUGCACCGGCCGGGAAACCUUACUGGUGCUGCGCCACAGAUGCGACAGGCACAUGGCCGGAUUUAUUUUGCUGGCGCAGAUAUCGCCGCGAUAGAUGUGGGUGCGAUAGAGGGAGCUAUGGAGACGGGUGCCGUGGCCGCUCGUGAGAUUACUGCUGCCUUUUCUGGUAAAAAGCGCUAA